AUGGUGACGCAAGAGGGGAGGAGGGCCUACCUCUCCAGUUUGUCGAAGACUGCCCGUAUCAGUCAACAACUUUACAGCUUGCCCAAGAUUGAUCGGGUGGGAUACAUCGCUAGUCUGGAAGAGGAGCACAAGCAGAUGUUUCAGGGGAAGGAAGACUGGCCGGACCGCAGACUGAAGGAUCACAUGUGGGCUUUCCAUGCCGAAGAGGCGACAGGGUACCUCACAGCGCACAAGAUCCCAAACCACGAAGAGUGGCAGAGAGAGCACUGGAACAAGACGUACAAAGAGGAGAGGAAGCAUACCGACCUGCUGAAAGAGCUGGACGAGGGAAGACCGUACCCCGAUGGCGGCAGGUCAAUGUGGCGCGCUGAGGGCGUCGAAGCCAUGGACCAAGUAGGCUGUGUAUGGACUAUAGGAAGUCCUAGCACAGUAGGAGUUCCUAUGGCGCGGGCUUCGGGAAAGACAGAGAUCGCUCACACGCUGUACAGGUUCAUUCAAGUGGGCUUGCAGGAAAGUCCAGAUGGCACGCACAGGCCGUGGACGCUCGACGUUUCUUGGUACAAUACGGCGCAAAAAAUCGAGGCCAUCCCCGCCCUUGACCGAGAGAAGCAAGAGGAGGUUCUGGAGCUACGCACCGCGUUCGUGACGAGACUGUCCAACAAUCCAGCAGGAGGCAGUGGAGCGAGCGGUCAGACUGAAUUUCAUCAAGGCGAUCUGCCCGAUGGACGCUUGAUGUCUGCCCAGUCAGUGUACACUGUGCACGGGGAUGACGAUGAAGGCUCACAGGCAAGCUUGGCCGCCGGGACGAAGCGAGCCGCAGCUUACCUCGCGAAUGCCUACGGCUUCCCACAAGGAGAGGGCUUCCUCGCGCUGGCGAUCGCGUACGAGGCUAUGGUUUCAGGAGAGCGCGCGAAGACUCGGCAGUUCUACUCCACCCAGUUGGAUGCGCUGCUUGCUGAGUUCGGAGAUUCCGAGGACAAGGCAGACAAGGACGCGAUUCUGGACGCUCAGGCAAGUCUUUGCGUCUGCACGCUGGCGGAAGCGGGGAUCGCAAUCAAUGGCUGGCAGUCCGAUUUUUCCGAGCACUUGAAGUCGACUGAGAAGCGUGCUUUGUCCCUACCGGGCGAAGGCGAAGCAGACAGGUACGACAUGAGGAAUCUCAGAGGGGCCAUCAAGGAUGCAGAAGUCGCUUGCCUGGUAUCCAUGGGUGGCGAGCAGUUCGACGUGGAGUGCGGCGGCGCCAAAUGUGAGACGUGUGAAAGCGGGGACAGGUGCACUGACCACUGGUGGAGAGGCCUCGACACCCCUGGAAUGAAAAGGUAUCUGUCGAACCGAGGGACCGGCGGGAGCAGUGAGGCUGAACAGUCUCGCAAACGCUCCGCCGAGGAGGACGGGGAACCGAGCAAGAGGCGACACCUUGCGCCGCCCGAUGCCGGUGAUGUCUCCCCGGCUGGCAGUUUUGGCAUGAGCCAGCUGGACAUAGGAGGCAGGUCAUUCUCCUGA